AUGGUCAGGCUUACACCACCGACUAGACGACUAGCCACCGACGAGCAAACGAUAUCGGAAACCGAUAGCGGCGAGAAAAAAAACAAUUCGCGGUCCCAAGACACGAUUAUCUGCGAGCAAACGCCAAAACCUGAUCCGACGAUCGCCGCGGUGGCCGAUGCGUCGCCAAAAUCGGAACCUCCGACGAUCGCCGCGACGGUUGACGAUGACAAGAUAAUCGUACCGUCCAAAGCUGUACAGGGCGAAAUUCGUUAUCUUAUCAACAGCCUGAGUAAAACGAAUCUCGAAACCAAGUGCAACGCGAUAAAGCUUCUGAUCCCCGAAGAACACUUGCCGUGGUUGUCCAGGUACAUUGUCUUAAAACGGGUGCGACACGAGUACAACUUUCACGAUCUGUACUCAAGAGUGUUGAAUUGUUUGAACAACAAAAGGCUGAAUUCGAUGGUCCUGUCGGAUACCAUCAAGAAAAUUAAGAUUCUGUUGAGAAGAAACGUCGGCAUUCCAAGUGUGGCGGAUAAAUGGUUAAUCAAAAAUCUGGGACACUGGUUGGGCAUGAUCACUUUGGCGCAAAACAAACCGAUAUCGAAGGACGAUAUUGCCUUGGAAGACUUGUUGAACGAAGCGCGCGAGAAAGGUAGCGAAGAGCUGCUGUUCGUCGUGCAGUUGGUGACGAACAUACUCGGAUCUUGCUCGGAGGGAGACUUAGGUCCGGACAGUCCGUGGACAGCUUCUAUAAUAAACUGUCUGUUCGAGUUGUACAAGAAGCCCAACACGACGCUACAAGUGCAAGUCGAAAUCGAAAAGCUGUGUAAAGCGUUAAAUAUCAAGCUCAAGAUUAAUUAG